AUGGCGAUACCUGCUGGCGGCCUAGACUGUCGCCUCGGGCCCUCGCGUGUGGGGCGUGUGAGGUCUAAGAGGGAAUUGUGCGUGUCGGUGUGGGGUGGCGCGUGCGAUUCCCGGAGGAACUCGGAGAUGGAGGCCCUCAAGCCCUUCCUCCUCCACUCCCCCGCCGCUGCUGUGGAGAACCGGAGCCACCGGUGUGGCCUGGCCCUGCCCUCCCGAAGGGCGCAGCUCCCGGGCCCGCCUCCCCAGCCUGCCUUCCUCCGCUCUGGGAAGGACCCAAAAUUCAGUCCCUCUUCCUCCCACUCCUUCGCUGUCCUUGGCCCCGAGGUGCGGAGCACCGGCGGUCAGGCGGGAUCCCGCAGGAGGCCGAGUGCUCCAUGCUCGCAGGACUGGGCGGCAGCGGAGGGAGCCCCCGCCCUCUUGGGAGGGAGCCCGGGCUCCGGGUCUCCUGGGCACCCUCCCGGGAGCGCCUUCGGGGUGGAGGCUGGUCGCCGGGCGCUGAAUGUGUCCGAGCACGCCCGGGGCGGUUUUGCACUUGGACUUCCUUUUGGGCUCUCCGGAGGCGCAUAUCUGUUCCUCCUAUUGGAUGGGGCCGGGGACCCCGAACCCACUCCGGAAGCACCGAUUUCCAGAGCUGACGGCCGCGCCUGGUUUCCCAGUGAGUCCUCUUGGCAGCUCCCGCAGCUCCCCGCCGGGAGCACGAGUGGGAGCGAACCCAGACCCCGCCCAGGCCUCGGGCCUCGGCAACUCCCCACAGGCCCACGAGAUGGCGCUGCAGGCCAGGGCCCGGGCCGCGGCCUCAGCCGCCUAGGGCGAGGGCGGGAGACAGACUGCGGACCCCGGCAAGCCGGGAACGGAGGCACAGCCACCCACACAUGCAGAGCCGGGUCCGGAGCCCGGCACAGGCCGCCGAGGGACCGAGGGACUCCGGGGCUGCGGACACACUGA